CAUUUUCCUCGUUCUUCCCAAACGUCGCCCGGACAGACCAAAAGACUGUCCACAUGUCGUUCUGUUGAAAUAGUGAUUUUAUUCAACGUUUUCCGAUAGUUUCGAUCCCCGAUUGCAAGUGCUACGAUUACCAGGAUGGCCAAGUUUGAUUUGACGGCAAAAAAUUGCCAGUACCUCGACCGGCAUCUGACCUUUCCGCUGCUCGAGUUUCUGCUGCAAAAGGACAUCUAUGACCAAACAUCGUUGCUGAAGUUCAUCUUGCAAACAGUCAGCAAGACGAACAUGGUGGAUUACACCAUGGACAUUCGCGAGCGUCUGAAUAUGGGCAAGGAGCUGCCGGAGGAAUUGUCCAAGCGGCGAGCCAAUGUGUUGGUUAAGCUGAAGGAACUGCAGACGGAGGUGGCCCCGCUGAUGAAGUGCAUGGAGGAACUUAAGAAUCCGGACUCCAUGAAGGACUCCAAGUCGAUUGUGCACGCCUUGCAACAGGAGUUUGACUUCAAAUAUGACAUCAUCAAAAGCGCCCAGAAGUUGGCCAAGUACCUGUACGAGUGCGGAAACUAUCGGGAUUCGAUUUCCUACUUGUACAUUUGCCUGUUGGUCAUGGAGCCGGCCGAUAAGAACUACUUGACUGUUCUCUGGGGUAAACUGGCGGCCGAGAUCCUUACCCUGAACUGGCCAACCGCGCUUGAGGAUUUGACCCGUCUGCGUGAUUUCAUCGAUAACCACAACUUCUCGCCAAUCGAGGUGCUGCAACAGCGCACCUGGUUGAUCCACUGGAGUGUUCUGGUGUUCUUCAACCAUGCCAAGGGACGCGAUUUGAUCAUCGAGAUGUUCUUGUACAAACCACUGUAUCUGAAUGCGAUCCAAACUAUGUGUCCGCACAUUUUGCGCUACUUGGCCACAGCUGUCAUCAUCAACCGAGGCCGGCGAAACGCUCUCAAGGAUUUGAUAAAGAUCAUCCAGCAGGAGUCUUACACCUACCGCGACCCAAUCACCGAGUUCCUGGAACACUUGUACGUGAACUUUGACUUCGAGGGCGCCCGGAUGAAGCUGCACGAGUGCCAGACGGUGAUCGUGAACGAUUUCUUCAUCAUCGGAUGUCUGCAGGAGUUCAUCGAAAAUGCCCGUCUGAUGAUCUUCGAGACGUUCUGCCGUAUCCAUCAGUGUAUCACGAUCGGCAUGUUGGCCGAUAAGCUGAACAUGGAACCGGACGAAGCCGAAUGCUGGAUCGUCAACUUGAUCCGCAAUGCCCGGUUGGAUGCCAAGAUCGACUCCAAGCUGGGCCAUGUCGUAAUGGGAACGCAACCUCUCUCUCCGUAUCAGCAGUUGGUGGAAAAGAUUGACUCACUUUCGGUUCGCUCCGAGGCGCUGACCGUUCUGGUUGAGCGCAAGCAGAAAGCUAAAACACAAGAAUCCGGUGAAGGAAAUUGGAAGUAUUAUUAAGCCAAAAGCGAAGUAUAAUAUUGAAAGUGAAAGAUUUUGAUUCAAUUGUAACCAACAAAGCCGCUGAACCGAACAGAGAGAAGAAAUAAGGCGUUCCACAUUUACAACAUCUAACAUAAAACAUAAUUGCCAGACGCAGUUUAGGUAGAAUGAUACAAUUUACAGCAACAGUCUAUUAUAGAUUACGGAGAAAAUACGGAAAUAAACUGAUGAAGGGCA